AUGGCUUCUCGCCUUAUCCGGCUCAGCCACAUCACCUUCCAAGUAUCCAACGCCCGGAAAGUGACCCGAGAUCUGGCGGCCAAGUACCAGUUUCAUCCGUUUGCUGCACGAGGUCUAGACGGGGGGAGCCCGUAUCAAGUGGCUUUGAGGAAUGGAGGAGUUGUGUUUAUGGUGAAUGAAAACAGUCGGAAGAACCCCCCGAAUUCAUCGCUGCUCUAUGAUUUCGCUCUUCCGCUCCCCACCCCAGACACAGCCUGCAAUGUUAGCUUCGAGGUGGAGGAUGUGCCGGGUUUUUGCCAGUGGCUGAUCGGUAACGGAUGUCGGGUUCUAGUUCCACCAAAAGAACUCCACGACGACUACGGUUCUGUAACGUUCUGCGUGAUAAAAUCCGUGCUUGGAAACGUCCAACACACGCUCAUUGACCGUACCCGUUACAGAGACGGCUUCCUGCCCGGGUUCCAGACUCUAGACGUCGUCAAUGACCUCGCGGCUCAUAGUAACAUGACGCACGUGGACCAUGUGACUUAUGCCUGCCCGAGAGGGACCACGCCACACGUCAUAAAAUGGUACGAGCGUUGUUUUGGGUACAAACAUUUCCCGCUCCGCCAAUGGGAGGACCCGGAAAAAGGUUUUGAGAUCAGCGGGCCAAGGAUGGGACUUCGGUUGACCACCAUUGAGUGUCCGGGGCUCAGGGAAGGCGGCAAGCUUGUCUUGGGAGAAUCUUUGCCGCAGGAAGGAAUAAACCAGGUAGACCAGUUUCUUCAACAUCACGAAAAAGGUGGCAUUCAGCACGUGGGCCUCUUUACCCCGGAUAUCUUCAAGGCUGCCAGUUCUAUGGCGCAACAAGGGGUCUGCUUUGCUAGUCAACCCUCGUCCUACUAUUCAGACCCCACGAAGCAGGAAGAAAUGCGCGGUGUCGGCUUAGAGCCUGAUCUUCUCUUAAAGUUUGGGAUUCUUCUGGAUUUUGCCGCCGAGGAUGCGGAGUCGGUGACAACUCCCAGCAAGAAGUUCCUCUUGCAGGUGUUCGCCGAGCCCCUCUUCAGCAAGGACUCCGUCUACCUGGAGCUGAUUGAGCGCAGGGGAGCGGAAGGUUUUGGGGAGGGAAAUAUCCGUGCUUUGUGGCGCUCCCUACAGGACCUGAUGGAAAGUUCAAACCCGACGGAACAAGAAGAGAAAUCAUCCGCUGGAGUUUGAUAUAUAAACGUGUGAUAUAAAAAAAAUGCUCUGAUGUUUCUCCUGGGCUGUAUUUAACCCUUUCAGUA